GCCUGUCGGAAAUCCAUCAUAAGAAGAAGAGUCAGCUACACGUAAGGGCUGUGUUGAAGUGCUACAGCAAAAGGCUCUAGCAUGCCCUGUGAAGUGAAGCCUCGGUUCGUGGUUCUGUAUGGGUCCCAGAAGGGCCAAGCCGAGUCCAUAGCAGAGGGGAUAGCUGAGGCGGCACAGGAGCACGGACUGGUUGCUGAGCUCAGUUGCUUGAACCAGAAAGAGAAGUACAAUCUGGAGGAGGAGAAUGCCCCAGUGGUCUUUGUUGUGUCUACUACUGGAGAUGGUGAACCACCAGACAAUGCCCUCCAAUUUGUAAGAGGCAUCAAGAAGAAGACCCUUUCCACUGAUCAUUAUAAACACCUUUGCUAUGCACUUUUAGCGUUAGGAGACACAAAUUAUGCAAAUUUCUGCAACUGUGGGAAGACAAUAGAGCGACGUCUGCAGGAACUUGGAGCCAAACAAUUCUAUGCAACAGGAUAUGCAGAUGAUGGUGUAGGCCUGGAGCUGACUGUGGACCCUUGGAUUGAAGGACUGUGGAAAGCCAUUAAAGGAGCCUUAACAAAAAUGGAUUCUAAUCAGACUGCUCACCUGAAAGGGGACGUGGAGGAUUCAUCAAAGGAAACUCUGGAUUCAUCCAUACCAGAUGUCCAGCUUAACCUCCUAAGCCUUACUGACCAGCAGAGCUGCAAGCCAGCUUCUCCUGCAGGGAGCCCUGGCUUGGAAUCCCAGUCCUGUGGCACUCCUGGUACAUUUACAUCAGUACUGAAGACACAGACCGGGGCUGCUGGAGUUCCCCGUGCUGCAUUGGCAGCCUCACUGACACGCUCCCUGCCCCCGCUGUCAGAGUCUUCUCUUAAUGUUCCUGCUCUGCCUGCUCCCUACCUGGAUGUUUCUCUUCAGGAUGUGAGCUCUUGUGAACAGAUUACUGGACCAUUAAACAAAGAAACUCUUUAUGAGGUACCCAUAUCCAGGGCAGUUCAGAUGACCAGAGGAGAUUCAGUCAAGAUGAGCCUUCUUCUAGAGUUGGACAUCUCUGCUUAUCCAACAAUGGCCUAUCAACCAGGGGAUGCUUUUGAUGUGUACUGCCCAAACAGGGCAUCUGAAGUGGACAACAUGCUCCACAGAUUGGGCCUGUAUGACCUCAGGAACCAUCAUGCCCUUGUUUCGUUAAAAAAGGAUACAAAGAAAAAAGGUGCCCAGCUGCCAUCUUACAUCCCUCAGAACAUUUCUCUGCUGUACAUGCUCACAUGGUGUCUAGAGAUCAGAAGUGUUCCUAAGAAGGCGUUUCUGCGAGCGCUGGUGGAGCAUACAGGGGACAGUGAGCAGAGAAGGAGACUGCAGGAGCUCUGCAGUAAACAAGGUGCCGCAGACUACAACCUGUAUGUGAGAGACCCGAGCCUCAGCGUUCUGGAGCUUCUCACAGCCUUCCCAUCCUGCUCACCUCCUCUCAGCCUCCUCAUAGAGCAUUUGCCGAAACUGCAGUCCAGACCUUACUCAGCAGCCAGCUCACGUCUUAGGCACCCAGGAAAGCUGCAUUUUGUCUUCAGCGUGGUUGAGUUAGCAGCAUGCUCUGGACGGCCUGUGGGUAGACAAGGCUUGUGUACCGGUUGGCUGCUUGACCUCACCAAUCCGGACCUGGCUUUCCCUGGGAAGGCUGAAUCCUCCAGCAGCCCAGCUCUGCCAAGGAUCCAUGUGAGUUUGAGAGCCAACUGUGCCUUUCGACCUCCUUCUGACCCUUCAGUGCCCUUUAUAAUGGUUGGACCAGGCACAGGAGUUGCCCCCUUCAUUGGCUUCCUCCAGCAAAGAGAGAACGAGAGGCGGGAGAACCCCGGGGCCAUAUUUGGUGAGACCUGGUUGUUCUUUGGUUGUCGCCACAGAGACAGAGACUACCUGUUCAGAGAGGAGCUGGAGGGCUUUGUAUCCAACGGUACCCUGAACCAACUCAAGGUGUGCUUCUCCAGAGAUGCCCAGGAGGAGGAGGAAGCUGCUACCUCAGCUGUAUGGCCCAGAUAUGUCCAGCACAACCUGCAGCUCAACAGACAACACAUCACUGACAUUCUGUUCAAACAGAACGGUUACCUUUAUGUCUGUGGGGAUGCUAAGAACAUGGCUAAAGACGUGAAUGACGCCCUGGUGGAGAUGAUCAAGAAAGAGCUUCAGGUGGACCAGCUGGAGGCCAUGAAGAGACUGGCAGGACUGAGAGAAGAGAAACGCUACUUACAGGACAUCUGGGGCUGACUGUGAAUGGGGAGAUAAGGGCAUUUAGAAGCAUCCGCUGUGCUUUUUUACACCUUGAAAAAUCCACGCCCAGCUGUAACCUUGAAAACCAUAAAAUUGUGGAUGUUGAAGCUCAGAGGCUGUUUACACCACUCGAUACCAAGAAGGAAUAUACCAGGUUGACCUGGGGGUAUCAGUUCACUACAUCAUCUUGGGCUUUGCUGUUUGAGCAGAAUUGACCUUGGCCAGGGCAAUAAUGUUGGAGAUUGGUAGUGCAGUGUGAAAAUGCUUUUUGUGUAGACAAGCUCCCUCCCUUCAUCCUGUGUGGGGAAAAGGUUUUUACUUCCAUCAGCUGUGAUGGAGUGAUUUUGAUGAGACUGGGAGUGGGAUAUCGCGCCAAGCUAGAUGGAAACAACACAGCAAUCAGUAUUUUUUAAACAACACACACACACAAUAAAUAGGUUGUCAUUCAGGGACAAAAGAAAUCACUUUUUACAAGUUAUUUUUGGAAUGUGCUAAACCAGCUCAGUGCCAGUUAAAUGUCCCACGGUUUCACUAGAAAUUAUUUAAUUAUUCAUUAAAAUGUAUCUCAAUUCCAAAGUAAGUCAGUUUGACUGGUAUCAUCAUAUUUUCAUCCAAAAUACUGCAGAUAUAUGAAAACAGGUUUGUGGCUCUAGAUCAUGCCUAGGUGUUGUCACUUAAAAUUUAAUUAAACAGUGUCCAUGGAGAUUAAGACAUUUUAGUGAUUUAUCAUCGUACUGUGUUAUGUUGUAAGCAUACAGGACUUUGCAAUUUUUGUCUGUCUGCCCCCACAUACCCAGAUGAUUGCCAGUUUGGAGAGCUCCAACUUUUCUAAAGUCUUGGAGAACUGACUAAAAUCUCCCAAACUGUGAUUAAGAAAAAUACAACUGUACUUUGUAUGACCAGGGAUUAAAAGACGCCUCAGAGAAAACUAUUUAUUGUAUGUUUUGUAUAUGACCUUACAUGUAUUUUAAGUGUCUGGGUGUGGCUGUACACUAAGAGGGUUACUGGAAGAUUUAAUGGCACAUUUGAGAAGCAACACAAAUUAUCUGAAAGAUAAUGAACCCUGUUUGAUUGGCAGUGAUUGUUUUAUUUAUAUUUAGAGAAUAUGAUUGUUGAAUGGGAGUUUGGCCAGGAAAUGAAGGAGUACUCUGCUAACUAAAGGCUUUUUGCACCGGGCUUCUUGGCGCAAUGCAGAGCCCUAGAGAGGGACUUCUUAUUUAUCUGCUUGUAGGGAGAGGAGAGAAAAACAUGUUUACAAUCUCCACUGCCUGCACUGUAGAUGACAUCCUAUUUGCUAAAUUUUUUCGAGCGAAAUAAACAAAACAUUCACUGUCACAGAAAACAAUCCAUGAUAGUGAAUAAUUGGCUUAAUACAGUGUUGUUGGAGGUAGCGGCGUCCUUGUGUUUGUCCAGGCGCAUCUAGCUGUGCCUCCACACCCUCAUCUCUCAUUGUCCUGCUGCUUCACCGAGUCACAGGAGCAGAGGACACCAUCAAAAUAAGGAUGCAGUGUGCACCUCACAGCUUCACCAGUCUCAUCUCACACACGCAUGCACACAUACUGUAGCCUACAUUCAGUGCAAGACUACAAUUUGUUGCUGUAUGAAGAUGAGAAGAUUCGUCAAAGUGGCCAUGUUAUUAAUAGUAUAUGCAGAAUAGUACACUUUGAGCUAAACUGCCCCUAUUUACCCAUAUCCCCCAUCUCCAGUUUAAAAAAAUGGAGUGCAACAACUACUGAGGACUGAAGUUUUAAAUUGCCUUCAUAAUUUAAAAGGUUCACAGUGGUGUGUUUUGUCCUGCAGCGAGAGCAAAAGACAGAGCUGAGGAGAUGGUGAAGAAUAAAUCAGAGUUGGUCAGAGUGAACGCAGAACAAUAGCACCCCCCUGAUAGACGCUCCUUGUUAAGAAUGGCUCAAAUGAAGCAGAAAAUGUGUGCUGAAGAUAAUGACGCUUAUUAUGGAAGUGUUGAGUGAGCCAAGUGGAGAGAUGCACUUUAUGUCACUGAGCUUGGAGAUUUUGGUAAGACCUGCUUGUAGGAUUUCUUGGUGCAGAAAGUACUAGUGGUGAGGAUGAGGAGUAAGUGAAACCUCCCACACUCUUCGUUCCUGAGCUGUGUACUGAACGCACCUUAAUUAUGCAAAUGACAAUAUGUCCAAUUUAUUUGGCUUACGUGCACGGGUAUAACAGCAGUUCAAACUACAUGGUGGUACUUUUAGGAGUAAACACCAACUAGAAAAGUUCUGUCCCUUGCGACAAUUCUUUGGAGCGUGUUGUUGAGGCAGGGAUACAAAUAGGGAUGCAUAUGUUUAUAUGCCCACCUUUGCUGUUAUUUUUCCAGUUCAGCUGAAAAACCAAAGUUUCAAUGAAUAGUUCAGUUUCCAUGAAAUUUGAGCAAUUUUACUAGAGUUGCUCAAGCAAUGACAUCUGUAUUUAGUUUCUGUUGUGGAAGUCUGUCAUUGUAUUUUCUGUGGAGAGGCUGAAGUUUUCAUCCAGUUGUACUGCUGUGGCGAAGUCUUCUUCCAUUAGUGCAGUCAGUAGAAAUCUUCAUCUUCUCCAGGUUCUUCCAGCAUUGCUUCACCUGCGUUUUAUCAUUAAAAGGGACACUUCCACUCUGUCUUUGCUGUUUUCAGUGCGCGGUCGAUGACCAACUCAGCUCUUUGAUGCGGCAUCAAUGACAACAUGUCUAGUGCACACACACACACACACACUGAGAACCACACUCUGGUCUCCGCAGCCCCAGCUGUGUGCAGACACUUAACUUCAGCAUUUGUCAGGAGCACUGGAGAAAAAAAUCUGUUUUUCUAAAAAGACUGCAGCGCUUCCAUUGAGCUUCCUAUUUUCAUUGUGAGACCCCAGUAUUGUUUCGGUCUCCGUUUAUUGAUGGAGCAGGAGAGAUAACCUUGCUUCCGAUUUGGCAAAACAAACAUUGGCUGUUAUUGAUGGCAGAAGGAGAAGUAUUGUUAUCUGUGUGGGUUUAAAGAAAUAUUUCUAUGCUAGAUUCAACUGACCCGAGGGACCAUUGUGAAAAAUGUCAGAAUGACUUACUGACACAACAUGUGACCUGUAUAAGGAAAAUU